AGUCAGGGUGCGCUCCGCCGCCGCGUACAGAGUAAGCCGGCGCAACCAUGUGCGAGGUGGGCGAGGACUACCGUGCGUCCGCGCCCGAGGAGCCGCCGCUGACACGACCCGGCCGUGAGCAGAAGUGUGUGAAGUGCAAGGAAGGCCCACCUGUGGUGGUGAUUCGAGCAGGAGAUGCCUUCUGCAGGGACUGUUUCAAGGUGUUUUACGUCCACAAGUUCAGGGCCAUGCUUGGAAAGAACCGACUGAUCUUUCCGGGAGAAAAGGUGCUCCUGGCAUGGUCCGGGGGACCUUCGUCCAGCUCCAUGGUCUGGCAGGUCCUGGAGGGCCUGAGUCGAGAUUCUGCCAAGAGACUGCGUUUUGUGCCAGGAGUCAUCUACGUCGACGAGGGAGCAGCCUGUGGCCGGAGCCCCGAAGACAGAGCCAGAACUCUGGUGGAGGUAGAGCAAGUCCUGCAGAAUGUCGGCUUCCCGAGCCAUGUCAUCGCCUUGGAAGAGGUGUUUGGCUUGCCGCCGUCUGUGCUACGCUGCUUUGCCCGGGAGCCAGAGUCGGUGGGGACCGAGGGUGCCUACAAGGCGGCCGUGGACAGUUUCCUCCAGCAACAGUGUGUGCUGGGGGCAGGGGGGGAGGAGCCCUGGAGCCAGCCCCGCCCCCAGGGCCCCCAGAGUCUGGCCGGGCCCCCCACAGCUGUGCAGACUGAGGCUCUGUCCAGACUGUUCGAUUCAGUGAAGACGCUGACGGCCAAGGAGGAGCUUCUGCAGACACUGCGGACCCACUUGAUCCUGCACGUGGCCCGGACUCAUGGCUACUCUAAGGUGAUGGCGGGGGACAGCUGCACCCGCCUGGCCGUGAAGCUCAUGACCAGCCUGGCACUUGGGAGAGGGGCCUUCCUCGCCUGGGACACGGGCUUCUCGGACGAGCGGCAUGGUGAUGUGGUGGUGGUGCGGCCAAUGCGUGAGCACACGCUGAAGGAGGUCGCCUUCUACAACCGCCUGUUUGCCGUCCCGUCUGUCUUUACACCGGCCGUCGACACCAAGGCCCCCGAGAAGGCCAGCAUCCACCGGCUGAUGGAAGCCUUCCUGCUCAGGCUGCAGGCCCAGUUCCCCUCCACCGUCAGCACCGUGUACAGGACAAGUGAGAAGCUGGUCAAGGCCCCCAGGGAAGGCUGUGCUGCCAGCCCCCCUGGCCCCCGCUGCCUGCUCUGCCUGUGCACCCUGGACGUCGACAGUGCUGACAGUGCCACGGCUUUUGGGGCUCAGACCUCAUCACAUCUCUCCCAGAUGCAGGCCCCCGGCCCACAAGCUGAGGCCGGGACGCCCACCACCCUCUGCUGUUGUCCGGGGCUGGGCGGUGCCCAAGGCUGCUGUGCGAGGGAGGACCCCCGAGCCUGUGUGGUGGAGCAGCUGUGCUAUGGCUGCCGUGUGAACGCGAGGGACCUGCCCUCCCUGGACUCCCUGCCGCCCUACAUCCUGGCUGAGGCCCAGCUCCGCAGCCAGAGGGCUGGGGGCGAGCAGGAGAUCCAAGCAUAUCUGCUGGGGGACCACGAUGAUGAGGUGCUGCCCGGUGGGAGCUGAGGAAGAUGUCCUGGCAGAGCUUAAGGAUGCGGUCCACGCACGGCAACUCCUCGAACAUGAUGGAGUGCGAGAUUUCGCUGAAGAAGCCACGCACAAACUUGCCGAUGACCAGCACGAUGGACACGUAGAGACCCA